CUAACCAUGACAUUCAUCAAUAAAUUUGUUUCAUAGUUUAGAUCUAAUGUAUCAUAUAUCCCACGUAUUCAUAAAUUUUAGAAUCCUCUUAGUACGCCCCUCGUAAGCUGGCGUCAUCGUGGCUUCAUUUUGUCUUGGUCACAUGUCGCCAGUGAUUCUCGGCUUCUUCUCCCUCCUUUCCACCAGCGCUGGCGGUAACCGGUUUCACCAUAUUUUUCGUUUCUCCUCCUCCGGCGCGCUUGAUCGAACGGUCUAACGGAUUUUCCUUCCAUUCUUGUUCUAACAAACUAUCUUUAAGCUUUCCUGCUAAUUUUAAUUCUCCCAAAAAUAAAAAAUGACAAAAUUAGUGAUUCUCUUGGCCUGCAUUGCUGCUUUCCAUGCUGUUAGCGCUCUAGAAUGCUACUCCUGUGAUAAUGAAACCUGUAAGAAAGACAUGAAGCAAUGGGAGAAGAACAAGUGUGGUGGUAGUGCAGAUACCAACCAAGAAGCCGUUUGCCAAAAAUGGGUCUACAAAGACAAAGACGGCAAAGAAAUGGUUUCAAGAAGAUGCGCCACAGCCCCAAAAAGUGGUGAAGCCCCCGCAUGUCCAAACGGCCCACAAGGUGCCACCGAUGCCAAAUGUCCAGUCUGUAAAACAGAUCUUUGUAACUCAGCUUCGUCGGUCAACUUCAGCUUGGCUGCUGUAGCUAGUAUCUUGUUAGCCUUUUUGGGGCAAAAAUAUUUGUUGUAAAUCACAAUUUUUUAUAUAUAAAUUAUUUAUAGAUGGGAUGUAUUUCAAAAUAAGUGUUUAGAGA